UGUUGCCACGCCUCCAAAUAUUUUGAUACUUUUUAUCUAUUUUUACCCUCAGCUGUACCAUCGACUCUGGACCUCGACCAGCGUCCUCCUGCUGCUGUUUUCUACAUUAUGAUGUAUAAAUAUACGUAUUAAAUAUAAAUAUUCUGUAAUAUUUGUACCUACAGGAGGAUCAGAGAGGGCUCUCCGUACGGUCACCUGCCCAACUGGCGUCUGCUGUCUGUGAUCGUGAAGUGUGGAGACGACCUGAGGCAGGAGCUGCUGGCCUAUCAGGUGCUCCGACAGCUGCAGUCGAUCUGGCAGCAGGAGAGAGUUCCUCUGUGGAUCAAACCCUACAAGAUCCUGGUGAUGUCAUCAGACAGCGGCAUGAUCGAGCCCGUCCUCAACGCCGUCUCUCUGCACCAGGUGCGUAAACAGAGUCAGCUGUCGCUGCUCGACUAUUUCCUGCAGGAACACGGCAGCUUCACCACGGAGGCUUUCCUCACGGCUCAGAGGAACUUUGUGCAGAGCUGCGCCGGAUACAGCCUCAUCUGUUACCUGCUGCAGGUCAAAGACAGACAUAACGGGAACAUCCUGCUGGACUCCGAAGGUCACAUCAUCCACAUCGACUUCGGCUUCAUCCUCUCCAGCUCUCCGCGAAACCUCGGCUUCGAGACGUCCGCCUUCAAGCUCACAUCGGAGUUUGUCGAUGUGAUGGGCGGUCUGGACGGCGACAUGUUCAUCUACUACAAGAUGCUGAUGCUUCAGGGUCUCAUCGCUGCCAGGAAGCACAUGGAGAAGGUCCUGCAGAUAGUGGAGAUCAUGCAGCAAG